UUGUUGUUGAGUCAUACAAUAGGAAGCUGGUAAAUAGAAGCAUAACAAAAUAUAUCAAAUUACUUUUCUGUAUUUUAUGUCCAAUUUGUGACUGAUUAAUCUCUCAAUUUUUUAAAUUACUAUCAGAUAAAGAUCUUUGUUUUUUUCUACUUAUAAAGUGAAAAAUAGUAAAGAAAUAAUGAGUCAGGAUCGAUCCCAAAUCCGUAGAGCAUCUCAUUCUGGAAGUUGGUAUUCCUCAUCAGAAAGAGAAUUAAGGUCACAAUUGGACAAUUGGUUAGCCAAAGCUGGACCCAGUGUCUAUGGUCCUGCUCGAGCAAUAAUUGCUCCUCAUGCUGGUUAUCAAUAUUGUGGUGCUUGUGCGGCUCACGCUUACAAAGAGAUCGAUCCAUCCAUUGUCAAGCGCAUCUUUAUUCUUGGACCUUCUCAUCAUGUUCGUCUUUCUGGUUGCGCCCUUUCCCCAGCCAAAGUAUGCAAAACUCCUUUAUAUGAUUUAAAAGUGGACCAUUCAACGUAUGAAACAUUGUAUAAAACAGGAGCCUUUGAAGAGAUGUCCUUAGAUACUGAUGAGGAUGAACACAGUAUUGAAAUGCAUAUGCCAUACAUUGCUAAAGUUAUGGAAGGCCAUGAUUUUCAAAUUGUGCCUGUUAUGGUGGGCUCUUUAUCCUCAGAUAAAGAAGCUUUAUAUGGUCGAAUUUUUGCUCCAUUCCUUGCCAACCCUGAAAACUUUUUUGUUAUAUCAUCUGAUUUUUGUCACUGGGGAUCACGGUUCAGUUACCAAUAUUAUGAUGCUACCUGGGGAGAGAUAUAUGAAUCCAUACAGAAACUUGAUGAACUUGGUAUGAGUAUAAUUGAAAAAACUUCCCCCAAAGAAUUUACAAGUUAUUUAAAAGAGUACGGGAACACGAUUUGUGGCCGUCAUCCAAUAGGUGUUUUGCUCAAUGCCGUCCAUAUCUUGAAUACCAACGAAAAUCAAAAGAUUUCUAUCAAAUUUCUCAACUAUGCCCAAUCAAGUCGAUGUAUCUACAAGCAAGAUUCAUCAGUUAGUUAUGCUGCUGGCUCCUGUCGAUUUGAUCGAUGAAACAACAAAACUAAAUUUCAAUGAACUAUCAGUUCACUCAUUUGUAACCGGUGAUUGAUUUCUGCUAAACAAAAUACUUACCAAUAAUACCAUUCACUACUCAUCGUCAUCAUCACCAAUAAAGCUUUUCAUUUUUUAA